AUGAACCUACAGCGCCAGCGUCUCUUCGAGAUCGCCGUCGGAGGGAUCCAAACAACUAGGGACGAUGGUACGAUCAAGCUUUUGCAGAAGCUGGUUCAGGAGUACGACGAGCUCGAGGGCGAGAUCGAUAACUGGAAGGCCACAGUGAACGACACACAUGACACCCUAGGCGAUCUGAACUAUCAUUUCGACUUGGGCCAGAGCCAUCGCGAGAUGAUUGACGACAUGUGCUAUCUUGAGCGGAGCUCACAAGAACAAUACGACAGGCUCCGCAGCAUCAAGGCCACCAAGAGAGAGGAACUCGAGGAGAUCACGAGGGUUCGCUAG